AUGUCUGACCAAUUUUUGGAAUACGUUGAAAAGCAUCAAGAGGCUUUUAUUGAACGUCUUCGUAAGGCUGUUGCCAUCCCCAGUGUGAGCAGUGACCCAGGUCAUCGUCAAGAUGUGUUCCGCAUGGCAGAAUUCUUGCAAAAUGAACUCAAGGCAUUGGGUGCCGACAAUAUUGAGACUCGUGAUCCCGGCAUGCAAGACUUUAACGGCCAACAAAUUCCUUUGCCUCCUAUUGUGCUGGCCACUGUAGGCAACAACCCUGCCAAGAAGACUAUCCUUGUAUAUGGCCAUUAUGAUGUCCAACCCGCAUUGAAAGAAGAUGGCUGGUCUACCAACCCCUUUGAACUUGUUGAGGAUGAGCAACAACGAUUGAUUGGUCGUGGUUCUUCUGAUGAUAAGGGUCCUGUGCUUGGUUGGAUCAAUGUGGUGGAAGCUCACAAGUCCCUUGGAUUGGAGCUGCCCGUGAAUCUCAAGUUUUGUUUGGAAGGCAUGGAAGAAUCUGGUUCUGAAGGCUUGGAUCCUAUCAUUUACAAGGAAGCCAAGGGCUACUUUGCUGAUGUUGAUGCUGUAUGCAUUUCCGACAACUACUGGCUCGGCACCACUAAGCCUUGCUUGACCUAUGGUUUGCGUGGUGUAUCCUACUUCCAUAUGACCGUCAAGGGUCCCGCACGUGAUUUGCACUCUGGUGUCUUUGGUGGUACCGUCCAUGAGCCCAUGACUGAUUUGUUUGCUGUGAUGAGCAAGCUUGUUGCUCCCAAUGGCAAGAUCCAAAUCCCUGGUAUUUACGAUAUGGUGCGUCAUUUGACUGAGGAGGAGCAACGUACCUAUGAUAACAUUGCCUUUGAAAUGCAUGAACUCCAUGGCGCUGUUGGCAACACCACCAACAUUCACGAUGAGGUGCGUGAUGUCUUGCAAGCUCGCUGGCGCUUCCCAUCCCUCUCCCUUCACGGUAUUGAGGGCGCUUUCUACAACCCUGGUGAUAAGACUGUUGUCCCUGCCAAGGUCAUUGGCAAGUUCUCGAUCCGUACUGUCCCAGAUAUGGACCCUGAAAAGGUCACUGAGCUUGUUUGCAAGUAUGUCAAUGAUGAGUUUGCCAAACUUGGUAGCAAGAACUCUAUGGAAAUCAAGUGCUCUCAUGCUGGUAACCAUUGGCUCUCGAGCCCUGAUCAUUGGACCUAUGUUGCUGCUUCCAAGGCCGUUGAGCGUGUCUACAAUGUCAAGCCCGAUUUGACCCGUGAAGGUGGUUCUAUUCCUGUUACUUUGAGCUUCCAAGAUGCUCUUCAAAAGACUGUCCUCUUGUUGCCUAUGGGCCGUGGUGAUGAUGGUGCUCACUCCAUUAACGAAAAGUUGGAUCGUUCUAACUACGUUCAAGGCACUAAGCUCCUUGGCGCUUACUUGUAUGAGGUUGCAGAUGCUAAGGCUGAAUAA